ACCAGACCAAUCAAAAGUGGAAAUCUGACUUUUAACACGUCGCGUUGACCAGGAGGACAGAGUUUUAUUUUGUGAAGGUUGAAAGGAAACAGAAGCAAGCCGACAGAGGUAUUUUAUCAACAUGGCGCUGCCGAAAUGGGAGAGAAAAGCGCGUAUAUUUCUAUGCGUUUUUGGCUUGUUUUUGUCUGUUUAUGCGCUCCACGUCGAGCUGUCCCGAGAGAGAAACCCAGAUUACAGGGCGAUGUGCGACCUCGGGGAGUCUGUGAGCUGCUCUAAAGUUUUUACCUCCAGAUGGGGACGUGGUUUUGGCUUGGUCCAGUUCUUUGUUGCCAAAGAUAGCCCUCUGAACCAGCCCAACAGUGUGCUUGGCAUCAUAUUUUAUACUCUGCAGAUGGGCCUUGGACUGUCUCUGUCCAGAAAAGCUGCUAUGUUUUUGGUCUUCUCCUCCUGGGUGUCUGUGGCUGGCUCACUCUAUCUUGCAUCUAUUCUCGCCUUUGUUCUGGGGGACUUCUGCAUGGUGUGCGUGUCAACAUAUAUUAUCAACUUUGCAUUGCUCUUCACCAACCUGAAACGAAGGAGAGCAAUUGAAGGAAUGAAGGAAAAGGCUGGAUAGAAAUUGUCACUCGUGAAAUCCAACACCUUCAAGUCGCACUGGAUCUGAACAGCAAAUUCAAUCCCACAGAUUUUCUGCAUUGUUUACAACUGUUAAGACUUUUCAGAGAACCACAACUGGAUGUCAUGAAGAUCUAAAGCAUUAUUUUUAAUGCAGAAAUGUCAUCAUGCAGCAGUUUUUGUAAAUCAAUGUGCAUUUUUUAUGUUGAUUACACACUUUUGAAUUCUAUCUCUUAUCUCGUGAUUUAAGCCUGGCUAGUGAAGACAACAAAAAUCCUUUAAAGUGGAUAAACACUAAAAUCACUAGAUGUUAAAGCAAUACAUAAUCAUGUAGUUACUCAGUCUAACCAUUAGAUGGAGCUGAAUCCCCAGGUUUACCAUUUAUCAUUUAUUUUCAUAAACCUGAAGGAAUAGCAAGGCCCCUACUGUAAAAUAAAGGUACCUCAUGGAAUUAGCUUGUAACUCUAAGAAUCACAGGUUCACUCAUUAAGUUUUUGUGAGCUGUAUUAUUUAGACACAUGCCAAAGCGUGCCACUACGGCUGAUAGUGUCUCUUAAAUCCUCUAGCAAUGCUGCCUGUUGAAUGCAGCUUCACUCGAAAGUAACCGCAGGGCACACAAUGACAGUGAAAAUGUAGUUCCCUCAGUGGUAUAUAUUCAUUCUUGCUUUAUUUUGUUUCAUGACAAUUCAUUAAAUCUUGUGAGACGUGAAUCAUUUGCACUUCUUUAGAUCAUGCUGCCAUUACAUCUUAUACAAUUUCAGUUCAUCAUCAGUAGUUGCGGAUGUCAGACAAACUAACUCUCCUAUAGUUUACUGUGAAAGUCAUCAAAGAAGCUGUUAAUGAACCACAUUGUGCAUUGUCCAUACUGCUAUUUUAUCUGAAUUUAUAUGAGAAUUGAAAAACUGUGUACAGAGUAUAACAGUGUACUGAUAUUUGGUUGAUACACCAUCUUGUUAAAUAAAAUAAAAAAACAACGAUUUGACCUCAGUAAAGAGAAAUGAAAUCGAACAAGAUUGUGCCUUCUCUGUAAAGGCGUAUUUCUUAACUGGAAAAUGUGACUCCUACUUGCUGACCACUGUGCUACAAUAUUAUUAACAUUUGUAGAUCAAGUUAGAAAGUAGAUGGGUAAAGCAACUUUAACUAACUGAAAAAUAAUUAAAUCAGCAAUUGCAUUUAGAAUAACGAUAUAGAUAUGCAUAAACAGUAUUUUUUUUAAUCGAUGCCACAGCCCUUAUAAAAGUGCACGUGAAGUGGCCAUGUCAAGUUCUGAAUAACAUUUUUUUGAUAUAUGCAGUGAUUUAACAGCUGUGCACGUCAAAAAUGCCCUUAGUUACCUAAAAUAAAUGUUUCAGCAGUUGUCCAUCAAGUGUUGCUUCUUCAUACCAGUUGACUUGCAGUGUGCACAGAUGGCAGACAUACAAACAAAGACUUUACCACAACAUAACCAAACUAACAUCCAUGUCAAAUUUUAACUUCUUUUCUCAUUGUUAUUCAAUUUUCUUGUAUUGUUGCAAUGACAAUAAAUAUAUUUGAUUCUA